CAGCUAUUCGCGGGACCGUAUCCGAGCAGGACAGCAGGUUGUUCAGCGAUCACUCGAGCGGUCGAGCCCUCGCGCCGCGGAGAGUGUCUCCAGUCUCAAGUACAGCGGAGGAUGGAGAGCGGCUUGCUUGACACCGCCGCGGCUGCCGGUCUCUGCCCGGUGGCGGCCGGGCGCCGCCGCGUCGGGAGCACGGGCACGGCGAGGUGCUUCCUCAGCUGCUCCUGCGCUUCCAGAGACUGCAGGGUGAGCGCGUCCUACUCCCACUCCAUCAGCCGGAUGCUGAGCGGGGUGCGGUCGGCGGCGCGCAAGAGGCUCUUCAGGAGCGACCCGGCCGAGCUGCUGGGCGUCGCCAACUGGUCGGAGACGGGCGGCGGCGGCGCCGGGGGCCACCAGCACUGGUGGACGGCGCUGGAGAACAACUUCGUGCUGGAGGCCACCGACGACGAGUACGGCGGGGUCGUCGUCGACGCCGAUCGGCUGCCGGCCGACAGGGCCGCCUUCGCGCGCUCCCUCGCGGCGUCGCUCUCCUACUGGAAGUCCGUGGGGAAGAAAGGGGUGUGGUUGAAAUUACCGGUGGAUCUAGCCGAGUUCGUCCCUUUAGCAGUGAAGGAAGGCUUCAAGUACCACCACGCGGAGGAAGCGUAUUUGAUGAUGACGUACUGGAUCCCCGAUGAACCGAAUAUGCUCCCAGCAAAUGCUUCUCAUCAGGUUGGGGUUGGGGGUUUUGUGAUCAACGACCAAAUGGAGGUUCUAGUGGUGCAAGAGAAGUACCGCGGAUCGUCGCUGGAUGGCGUAUGGAAACUCCCCACAGGCUUCAUUCUUGCGUCUGAGGAAAUCUACACGGGGGCCAGCAGAGAGGUGAAGGAGGAAACCGGGGUCGACACCGAGUUCGUUGACGUCGUUGCUUUCAGGCAUGCCCACAACGUGGCGUUUCACAAGUCCGACCUCUUCUUCAUCUGCAUGCUGAGGCCUGUGUCGAGUGAGAUCAAGAUUGACGAGACAGAGAUUCAGGCAGCGAAGAUAAUGAAUGAAGUUCGGGACAGUGAUCGAUCGAUAAGCUUGCGCUAACCCACCGAGAGAGACGUUUAUUUUCAGUGGAUGGCGCUGGAGGAGUUCGUGAAGCAGCCCUUCAUCCAGGAAGACCACAUGUUCCAGAAGAUCAUGGACAUCUGCAUCCAGCGCCUCCGCAAGUGCUACUGUGGGCUGACGCCGCACCACGUCGUCUCCAAGUUCGACGACAGAACGUCCACGCUCUACUACAAUGUCGCCGAGCCCGAGGACGUGAACUGCAGCGCCGCCUGAUGUAAUAUGAUGUGAGGGGGAGGGGGAGCCACCCCAGCAUCUACUAGUCUAAUUUUUGCUGCGCAGAAGUUUCAUGAUGCAGCAGUGUUAGUCGUGCGAUUACUGAGAGUGAAAUACUAGUGGCAGACUGCGCGAGGCAAUAGAGUUGCCGAGCCUGUACAUAUACGUGUAGGGCAUAUGCAUAACCAGAGAGCUGUAUAUCCCGGGGCGGAUCCCCGGGCAGGAGGAAAAUUUUCAUUGCCGCCGUAAAUUACAAUUUAA